AGUAUAUAUAUAUGAACGUGGGUUAGCGGAUACAUUGUCAGUUCAGUUAUAGACGUGGAUGUGAAUAUUAUAUGGGAUUCGAACACCCACAUCCCACACGCAAAGUCAUAACUAUCAUCAACAUGAAAACGUUUUUAAUCAUAUCACUAAUCGCUUAUGUGGCGGCAAAACCACAAGGAUAUGAUACCGAUGCAUCUUCUGGUUAUGGAGCUUUAACUACUCCUUUACCAUCUAGUACAUAUCAAUCAAAUGGUGGAUCAUAUCAAAAACCUUCAUCUGCAUUUUCAGCUUACUCUUCAAGUGCCCCUUCUGGUUAUCAAGCUAGUGCUGGAUCGUAUCAGCAGUCAACACUAUCUCCAUCAUACAAAUCUACUCAAUUCCCUAAUUUUGCAUCAUUAGGUUCGCAGUCUGGUUAUGAAUCCACUGCCCAAUCUGCUUAUCAACCUGCUGCUCCUUCUGGUCCACAAUUUGGAUACCAAUAUGUUGCUACUUCAGGUGCGCAGUCUGGUUAUCAAUCUGGUACCCAAUCUGGUUACCAAGUUGCUGCUUUUUCAGGUCCACAGUCUAGUUACCAAUCUGCUGCUCCUUUAAGUCCACAAACUGGAUAUCAGUCUGCGGCUCCUUCAGGCCCGCAGUCUGGUUAUCAAUCUGCUGCUCCUUUAAGUCCACAAACUGGAUACCAGUCUGCGGCUCCUUCGGGCCCGCAGUCUGGUUAUCAAUCCGCUGCCCAAUCUGGUUACCAAACUUUUGCUCCUUCAGUACCACAGUUUGGAUACCAAUCUGCUGCACAGCCUAGUUAUCAAUCUGCUGCACAGCCUAGUUAUCAAUCUGCUGCACAGCCUAGUUAUCAAUCUGCUGCACAGCCUGGUUACCAAUCAGGUGCUCAAUUUGGGGGACGGGCUGCUUAUCAGUCUAAUGCUGCACCUUACACAAAGAAUACUCAAACUACCCCUUCAUACUACCAAUCUUCUUCGGCGUCUCCGCCAUACUCAAAGAACGCACAAACCGCAUACCAGUCUGGUGCUUCAUCUUACUCUCAGGGUACUCAAUCUGGCUACCAAUCUGGUUCAUCUUCUUCUUAUCAACCCAUUCAAACUGCACCGGCAAACAUACAAAGUUUUAAAUCCUCUUAUCCGUCGCCAACUUACAACUCUAAGUCAACUGCUACAUCAUCUUAUCAGUCUCCCGCUUCAUCAUUGCAAUACCAGUCACCAAGUGCGUACAGUCAACGUUACUCUCAAAAAUCGUCACCGGCUUUGUACCAAAAAUCUGGUUCAGAGUACGAAACAAAAAGCACCAGCUCUUCUGAAACAUCUGAUCUGUAUAAACCAGCCAGCAAUGGAUUUAACGCGUUUGCCCCAGGCAACAUCGCCGGCCCUGUAGAAGUUAUUCCUAUUUUAUCGCAGACAAACCAGCCAAAUCUUGGAGACGGUUCUUAUUCAUACAGUUACGAGACUGGUAAUGGUAUUUCGGUCUCCGAGUACGGACAACUUAAGCCGGGUGGGCCAGAAGGAAUUCAAUCAGUAUACGGAUCAUUCAGCUACCCAGGUGAAGAUGGAAAAUUGAUUACAUUGACUUACACAGCUGAUGAAAAUGGAUUCGUACCAAAAGGCGAUCAUCUUCCUACAUCACCACCUAUUCCUGCGGAAAUUCUUCAGUCCUUAGAACAGAACGCUGCUGAAGAAGCUGCUCAACAACAACAAGCUGCGUAUGGACCAAAUGGAGCUUCUACUUCAUAUGGACAGGAAUCAGAAGCUUACAGUCCUACUUCCAACUCCGCAUCUUAUGGACAGACAUCCGCUCCUGGAGCUUACAGUAAAACUUCUGCACCUGGAGCAUAUAACCAGGCAUCCAACGUUGUAUCAUAUAAACAGGCUUCAGCAUCUGGGCAAUAUGGACAGACCUCAACUCCGGUGUCUUAUAGCCAGGCUGCUUCUGGAAGUUCUUACGGACAAGCAUCCACUUCAACUUCAAAGUCUUACCAAAAGUCCCAAGGAAGUUCUGGAUACGGCAGCGAAGCUAUUGAACAAACAAACACUGCUUCGCCUUAUGGACAAGCUUCAAAUAAUAAUCAAGGUUAUAGAGUUCAGCAAAGCUACCAAACUCAGGGUGCAGCAGCUUAUAAAAAAACACCAAGUGCUUCUGCAUUAGGUUAUUAAAAAAAGUGAUAUAACUAAAAUAUGUAAUUUUAUUAAUUUAUAAACACUAUAAAGUAAUUAUGGCCACA